GAUCUUACGUGAAUUUGCCCCGUGUAUCUAAUAUCUGUCUUCUAGAAGGUCUAUUAUAUGACCCAAUAGACAGUCACACACGAGGCAAAGGCUUCAUAUACUCGCCACGCAGGUUCACUGCAGUCCCUGCAUUUUGAAAUGCUUCACGACCCCGACCCUUUCACAGAUAACAACUCCACCCUCACCACAUGGAUAUCGCAAUCUCUAUCGUAGCCGGUCUCUCCCUCCGAACCUUCCUCGUCGGCAAAAAUGUCGCUUUUGUCUGGCUCAGCCCAGCCGUCAUUGGUGCCUUCGAGGGCGUCGUGGUCCACCAGUUGUCGAGCAGGUCCAACAGCGAGGUCGAUCAUUUCCUUGCCUUUGGUCUGCGCUUGAUCAUUGAUCAUCUCCUCUCCGGGGACACCUCGAGGACGGUCAUGAUUGUUGUCUGGACAGCAAUUGGAUUCAUAACCUCUGAAGUGGUCACGCCCCGGACGACCCUGGAACCACUCCCUCCCAUCAAACGUGAACGCUCGGAAAGGCGUUAUAGAUCGUCGAGGACAACUGGCACAUCCUCUCGUAUCAGAGCAUACCAAAGUCCAACUUCCACAGACACCCUUUUGACUAGAGCAAGGACUACACCUACACCCGUUAUUCCAACCAGACUACCCGGCCUUCGUCCUUCAAAUACACCAAGGAUUCCAGUACACCGCCCACCAUCCCCUCCAAGCACAUUCCUUCGAGAUGGAUCAGACACCCUAUCUCCCAUUCCACCACCUCUACACCCCCUCGAACUCUCGCCAACACGGCCGCCCACCGGUCUCGCUGUCUGCCUCGAAGCGGACUCGGGUGGCAGCACUCCCUCGCCUAAAGGCGUCCUCCCCACGCCCCCUCAAAGCGCACCAUCCGAAAAUGUAGACUAUACAACACGAGAAACAGGGUCCCCUCGUCGACUUUCUACUAUUCAGGAGAUCUCGUCAGACCAGGAAAUGUCUCCUCGUACGCGACGUACCAAUUCUGGUUCUCGCGCACUGGAGCCAGAAGUGCCUGUCCAACCACCACCACCACCGUCGCAACCAGCGGUAGCGGCACCAGCCCCCUCAGGUUCUCGUCCGUCACAAUCGGGCGCAAGCUCAGAAAAGGGGAACCACACUCGACCUGGCUCACCAUUACCGGUGCCAAACCUCACCUUGGACGGCUUCGCCCUCUCGCAACCCUUCAAACCCGAUGACGAAAUACAACACAGCACGCCCUACUCACAGACCAUGCAAUCUGCCCCUGUCCCCGUCCCCAACCUCACCACAUCAAACUGGCAACCUUGCGCGGGGAGCCAGGCGGCACAAGAGGACGGUGAUUUGUUGUCUCCACUGAGCGAUGGUCCUGAAUUCGGAGCUCGCCAUGCACGGAAUCCCCAGGACCCUCCGACUGAGGAGCUACUGUCGCCCCUCAGCGAUGGGCCGGAAUUCGGUGCAUCGCAUUCGAGAGGGGCUUCCGCACCUCCACGUACGCCUGACCCCGACGACCUGCUAUCACCUGUCAGCGAAGGGGAGGAGUUUGACGAACUGCGUACGCCUCCUCCAAGAGGUUACAAGAGAGGUACUAGCGGCAAGGGCAAGGGCAAAGCCUCAAGCAGCAAUAUCAGAGUCCCCCAAGAAAUUUCAGAUGACCCAUUACGCACUCCUCCAGAGCUUAGGUCACCUGAAGCAUUUUCCCCUUUACUGGUGGACGAACCUCUAGCUUCAGGCUCGAAAACACCUCCAGCUCGAUUAGGAUCGACCUCCACAAGCCACACGAGGACAUUCGGAAACCCAACUGGAUUCCAGCCUUUUGCCGCUAUCGACACAGGAUUCGACCUCGACCUUGAACCGCCAUCAAUUCCAGGUUCGAUGCCUUCGCCCGUUGCUCCUCUUCCUCCUCAGGGUGACCAAAACGAUGACGACGAAGCACACGGCGGACCUCCAUCCGACCCUGAAACGGUCCUCUCGAACGCAACGAGUAUCCUCUCCACACGAAAGCCGAAAAGCUGCGGAAAGACGCGAGGAACCUCGAGAAGGACCUGCAGUUCCUCCGGCACGAGUAUCAGAAAGCGAUGA